GGGCUCCGCCGCGUCCGUGCCCACCCGGAUGCGCGCGGCCGAUUGGCAUCGCGCGUGCACGGGAGCGGCGGUGGGAAGUGGCGACAACACGGGCGGUACUUGGGCCGGGCUUGAACCUCGGAUACGGGCAAUGGAGGCGACUGUGCUCUCGCUUCAGUUGUUCUGCCGCGGGAUGGGGGCCACAGAGUAAGAGCGGCGGCCAUGUCCGAGCGGCGUUCGGCCGAAGGCGGCGGCGCCGCUCCCCCGAGCCCCGGCGCCGAGUACCGGGAGGAGGCCGAGGGAGCGACGGCCGCUGGCACCAGGGCCGGCCGCGACUUGAAGGAGUGGCUGCGGGAACAGUUCUGCGACGGUACGGCGGAGGAGUCGGAGGACACCCGGCUGCAUGAUGCCACCUACGUGGGAGACCUGGCCACCAUCGCCACCCUGCUAAAGGAGGACAACUUCAGGAGGAGAAUCAAUGAGAAGUCGGUCUGGUGCUGCGGAUGGUUGCCCUGCACUCCCCUGCGGAUUGCAGCGACUGCGGGCCACGCUGACUGCGCGGACUACCUGCUUAAACAAGGGGCGGAGGUGGACUUGGUUGAUGUCAAGGGACAGACUGCGCUGUACGUGGCUGUGCUGAAUGGCCACGUGGAAUGUACCCGCAUCCUCGUACAAGCAGGUGCUGAUCCGAAUGGAAGUUGCCACCACCGCAGCACGCCUGUGUAUCAUGCCUCGCGUGUGGGCAGAGCAGACAUCCUCAAAGAACUAAUCAAAUAUGGUGCUGAUGUUGAUGUUGAUCACCAUUUAGCCAGUCGUAUCUCUGCACCUGCUGCUCGGCGAUUCACAUCACUUGGUGUGUGCCCACUGUACAUCAGUUCCGCCUAUCAUCAUCUUCAGUGUUUCAAGUUGUUACUGAAAGCUGGAGCUAACCCUGAUUAUAAUUACUGGGGCCAGGUGGAUGUUAAGGCCUUUCCCAGAGGAUCUCCAACCUGCAUUCUGGAUGCUGUCCUACGGCAUGGAUGUGAUGUGGAGUUUGUAAAACUUUUGAUUGACUUUGGUGCUAACUUAAAUCUGGUUAAUUGGGAAGGACUGGACGUGGAAACAAUGAGUCGCAUGAAGGUGAAGGAGGAAGCGUUGCAGGUCUUCAGAGCAGCAAAAAGUACUCCCAGGGCGUUGACAUCUUCCUGUCGCAUUGUCAUUAGGAGAGCACUGGGGAAGUUUCGUCUUAAUCUGAUCCAAACACUGCCUAUACCAGACACAGUCAAAAUCUUCCUGUUACAUGAAGAUACCUGAAGGAAGAUCACAUUUUACUACCCUGCAUGAUUUCUGUUGGACUGAAGCUUCACUCUGCUUAUCUGGGGCUGGACUAUCAUUGGAAAUUCAGGUUUCUGCCUCACUAGACUGAUGUAAUGUAUCUUGGAGAGUGAGUUGUUGAUUUCCUAUUCUUCAUUAGCCAGGACAAAAGAUUUAUCCUAUUAAGGUUCUUGGAGUGCAAUAUCACUGGCAUUUGUAAAAAGAACAGAAACCAAUCUCAAAGAAAUGAUUAUGUCCUAAAUCAAUGACAGUGUUUACCAAUUAUAGAUAACACAAUAUCCAGUACCUCUUAGUGAAUUUAAGGUAUCAAUAAACCUUUGUAAAAGUGUGUAGGUUAAUCAAACUCUCUAAUGCUGUAAGUGACAUCAACUAAACACUCCAGUGGAUUCCUAUUUUUCAUUGACAAUAUUCUGUCUCUCCAGAAAUUUUCAGUAGGUAAUACCUGACAGAACAGGCAGAAUAGUUUUGUUUGACAGGAGCAGAUGUAUUAACUGUAAUAUUAGCCGUCUUUCAGCUAUUGUACAUUUAGAUUAAUCUCAAUUCAUUUUACAAGAAGGUCUUGGAGAUACAAAAUGGUAUAGAUAUAAUCAAUUAUGAAAUUGAUGGUACCUUGUUUGGCAUCCUCUUGAAAUAUUUUACAAAUUCACUAUUCGAAAUUGGUCAACACACUGCUUACUCCCUGAGGGCUUUGGUUUGAAACAAGAUGCAAGGGAUGGGAUAAACAGGUCUAACAGGUUUAAUGCAGUAAGUUUCAUCUCUCUUUAUAUUAAGUACUUACAGGAUGUAGCUGAAUUGGCAAGGCCAGCAUUUAUCUGCUUGCAUGGUUUAGGUCCUAGUUUGAUUUUUGAGGGAAAUUGCUGUUUGUGCUGAAUUUUUAGAAUUUUUUUAUUUUAGCAUGUCGACUGCCUUGGUCAAACUUGCUGGACAGGGUCCAUUAAUGAGUGCCUCUUCUAAAUAAUUGCAUUGCUUGUCCAGAGUUAGUUACCAUUUGCAUAACAGGGACCGGGGAGAGCAGUGUGUACUUUUGUCAGGUGCACACAUCGCAACUAGAUGCCCUAGGUGUUGGAUGGACCAACAGUGGACUUGUGCACUAGAUGUUCCAUGGAUACAAGGUUGCAUGGCCUAUAGUAUUCUGAAAACACUGAACAUGGCCCCCUACUAAACUGCGUUAUUGUCAAACAUUAGUUCCUUUCCAAGUUAAUCUGUAAUUGCAUCUCUUAAUGUGCUCUGGUUUAUUCUUUACUGCAGUAUUUCCUUGAUUUACAAAGAGAUAUUGGAAAAAGAUCCAGCAAAUUAACAUAAAAGCCUUUUUCCAAAUUUUGUUUGAAGAUGAAAAUAUGAGUAGCACCAGAAAACUCAAGAAAUUUUGGUCAAAACAAUCUAAGCUCAUAAAAUAUACAUUAAUGAAUUAUUGGAAAUAAAUUAUUUAAUUAAGUUAAAAUGUAAGAUAAUGAAACAAGUGUACUUUUAUAGGCUCUGCACCAAGUAGUAGUAGUAAUGAUGUUGGCUUUGAAUGUUGAGUAGGUGGACUCAGAGAUGAGAGGCAGAGCUGUUACUGGACUUCAUACAAUGGUAGUGGUGAAUCUGAGCUCAAUGGACUUUGUGGCAUUGAUGGCAAGGCUUUUUUGAGUGAUUUUUUUUUUCCUGAGUAGUUGAAGAUAAAAACUUAAGUAAGGUUUCAAUAGAAAUCUGGAUAGCUUUCCUUUUUCUCCAGAUAUCCUUCCUUACAUCUAUCAUGCAGCCACACUUGUUAGCAUUAUCCUCUUUGAGGGUGGUUAUUGUGUGCUUCUUGUGGAAGAAUGUCUCUGAAGUCCUUUUCAUGGAGAGCUGUAUUAGUGGUGUUUUUGUGUUGUUGGCUUUCUAUUCCCCAAGCUGCAAUAGAUCCUUUUUUUUUAAAAAAAAAAGUUCUUCAACAUGAAAUUCCAUUGUUUGCCAUGUCACAUUGAUCUGCUUUAAACUCAGCAUUAUUUGCAGUCUUGACAGGAUCUUCUCAGAUUUUUCAGGUUCAUAAAUCCACACUGACCAUAAUAUCGUCCAUAUAUUGCAAUGUUAUUGAAGCUCACUAUGGGCUACAUUUAAUUAGUCUUGAAGGUAGUGGUAGCAGCCUCGUGUUGUAGGGAAUUGGGUUCGUGGAUGCAUAGAUUUUUAACUAUUUAUCAACAAAAUAAAGACAGACACUAAAACAUUCUAGUUACACAGAUACUGGGAGGUUAGUGUGACAGGUGUCAAAGUUUGGAGUUCAGACCCCCCCUCUCCUAGUUCAGACCCCCCUCUCCUCUCUCCCCCCCCCCCCCCCCCGGGUAUAGUAGCUAUGGAACUCACUUUCCUAAUCUUAUUCACUAGCUGUUAGGUGUGGUCAGCCAGGUGAGUAAUAUUCCCUGACUCUUCUGGAAUGUAGUUGCAACACUCUCAGCCAAUAACAGCACAGGUGUCGUCCUUUUCUGCAAGCAAAUAAACUAAGGCCAUUUGAUUCAGCAACACAACCAUCCAUAUAGCCACCGUUUUGGCUGAUACUUGGGUUAGCACAUUCUUUGCCUGCUGGAACACGAGUCUCCAUGGAAGAGGUCAUGACUAUCUUUUCCCGGGACAACCUGGCCAUUACCAGGGGGAAAAGCUAUCGUCCAGCCCCUUUUUGUUUCUGAAAUGCCUUUUACUAUGCCGACCAUCAUAGGCAGGAUGCACGUCCAGGCCAUUAAGAUAACGUAUGUACAGUACAACAUACCCUGGAUAGCAACAGCCAUACCACCCAGUGGGGAGCCGUGAGCAGGCCGGGGAGCUGCAAUUGCGAUAAGUAUUAUUCAGUGUCCAGGGAGUGCCCACCUUCACAGCACCAUUUGGUGUAGAUACAGUUGUCCCAGGAUACUGUUCCUGCACACACUUGCUAUAUCCCACUGACUGAUUGAAGCUGUGCUCAUAAGAUCGCCUACACCAACAUUCCUUUCCCUUCCUUGUUGGCUGAGUUGGGACCUUUCAAUUAGAUGGAUCAUAAGCAGGUAAAUACCAGUCCUUAAACACCUGCCCCGCUGGGGUUACCAUAAGGUGAGAUUGGUUAGAAUGGACUUCCCCAAAACAGAAUGCCAGAGAAGGUAGACAAGUUCCUCCAGCAGUCCUUUUCCUUUUCAUCAAAGAGAUUAGUAUAGGUGGUACCCCUUCUGCAGUGUGAGUUGGAGUGUUGAUGCAUAUCCAGUAAUCCAAAAUGUUAGUGUAGUUUGCAUAUUUGUACGCCACCCAUGUGUUAUAGAGGUCUCACACAGCAGGUCAUUGCCAUCACUACUGUCGUCAGUGUCUGCCACUCUGCCAUUCUGCAAUGUAGAGAGAUGCACAUUCACUCCCUCCUGAUUGGUUGUAGGAUAUUUAAACAUAAAGCAGUCUUGUGAGGAAAAUGAACAACUUUUAGGAUUUUCGCCAAAUAAGUCAAUCUUCUAAAACAUUAAUUCCAAAUUCCCAAUUUAAUUGUCCACCAAUGAGCAAUUUCCCCAAAUGUCCAUUUUUGUCUGAAAUGUGGACAUCUCUUAUCUGGAAUAGAGACGUACAGAUUUCCAACCCCUUAACCCAGCUUGCACAUGGCUAGUGUGGGAUCUGGGUUUCUCUCUAAAAUCAAAUCCAUAGAAAGAAACAAACUAAAAACACAGACAAGACAGAACAACAUCUACGCUUGUACUUUUCUUCCUUCAGAACCUUCCCAAGUAACUGCGACAGUGAAAAACUUAACACAUUUUUCAAAUAACAAAUGGAAAGAAAAGAUGACUGGGUGAGGACCGCUGACAAAUUAACACAUUCACACAACCUCUUAAGAUUAGAUUAUGACGACAUGCAGUCCUCUUUUAUUGUCAUUUAGUAAUGCAUGCAUUAAGAAAUGAUACAAUAUUCCUCCGGUGUGAUAUCACAGAAACACAGGACAGACCAAGACUGAAAAACUAACAAAAACCGCAUAAUUAUAACACAUAGUUACAACAGUGCAACAAUACCAUAACUUGAUGAAGAACUGUCCAUGGCACAGUAAAAAAAGUUCAAAAGUCUCUCAAAAGUCCCACAUCUCACGCAGACGGGAGAAGGAAGAAAACUCUCCCUGCCAUGGCCAACCACAGUCCGACUCUGAGUUGUCCAAAAACUUCGAGCUCUGAUCAGCCCUCUGACACCGAGUACUGAGCACCAUCCCUAUCCGAAUGCUUCGACCUCAGCCUUGGUCACCAGUAGCAGGCAAAGCCGGGGAUUUUGGGGCCUUCCCUCCGGAGAUUCUCGAUCGCACAGUAACAAUGGCAGCGGAACAAGGCAUGUCAGAAAUUUCUCCAAAUGUUCCUCUGCUUCUCACGUCUGUCUUCAUCAAAUCAGAAUUGUCCACGGCCCCUAUUUAACAGAUACGAUAUCAUUUCACCGGACAGCUGCGUCGCGCUGCCAUCUUCUCCUCCCAUCAUAAGAAAAACGAGCUCCUGUAAAUUCACUUCAGAAUAGUGAAAUAUUUCAAUAUGUCACCUUUUCUGCUGAAGCAUAGGAUUAAUUCAAACUUCUAAUAUCGAUUUGAGCAAACACAUGACAACCUAUUCAUUCGCACUUGCUCUCAAGUGAUAUCACGUGUGCCACACCUCAUGUAACAAUUAAAACAUACAAACCAUUCACACUAAACCAUUUCAGAAAAUGACUCGCUCUUAAGGUUUAAGCCAUUACCAAAAUCUUCGCCACCUAUGCUGUUUUAAUGAAGCACCCCACCAUGGUUGUGGCAAGUCCAUGAUCCUCUGGCCAGUCACCACCACCAUCCUAUACACUGACCAAAGUCCACUGGCAAAUGGCCUUAGUCCCUUCCUCUACUGGGCUUCAAUCCUUCCAGGACUUCAAAUCCCAUUCAAGAAAGGAGAGGUACCUAACCUUAAUAGCAGCUGUCACUUGAUCCUGUAGAGAUUUGUCAUCCCCUUAGGAAGCAGGUGGCAUCCUCAGUGGGUUAUUUAUUGUGUCUUGGAUUGACAGCCCCUCCCGCCCCCAGGUGACCAUCUCUCUAUUAGAUAAAGUCACUCUACCACCCUCUGUAUCCCAUAUCCUCAAUAGCCAUAUGGCCAGAGGCUUAUGUCUAUCUACAAGCCGACAGGCUAUCUUGGUGCCCUUGCCUCCAGUUCUUUAGCCAAGGUCUGUGCUGACCGAUGGCAGUACAGCGCUGAUUCAAAGCUUCCACUUUGGUUUUAAGACUUCCUGUUUCCUGCUUGUUCUAUGAAAUUGUCUCACUCUGUUCCUUUACGAUGGCUGCCAGCAGCUAAAAAGCUGGCUCCUCUUCCUAAUUGGGAACUCUACUUCAGGGGUUCCCAACCUUUUGCGCACCGCGGACCGGUUUAAUAUCGACAAUAUUCUUGUGGACCUCACGUGCUUUCAAGUUCAACGGUGGGCGUGACAGGGAAUGAGGAAAGGUGCAGCUGACUUGUAUCGGUUCAUAUCGCCAAAUCAUAUUGUUUCCUCGUGGCCCAGUAGCACAUGCUGGCAGCCCGGUACUGGUCCGCGGCCCGGUGGUUGGAGACCACUGCUCUACUUCAUUCAGCACAGGGACCAUGUGGUGUCCCGUUUUCACACCUCAGGUGUUCGACUUCUCUGACAAGUCCACCAACGUGCUGUGGUCCGUCAGUGUGUUGGCAAGACUUCCGAAUCCUGCACAGUUAUCAUCCACCCCGGGAUUUGGCGUUCCUCACACGGGGUGGGGGAAAGGAUGGUUUUCUCACUUUCACUUUUAAACAUUUUAAUCAUUUUAAUCUUCUGCUUCAUUACUGAAUCCUUGCCAACUAUGCCAAUUGUUGUGAGGGCUUGUGUUUGCAGAUUUGAUAAAGGGAAUGAAAGACAACAACUACGGGUAAGUUUUUAAUUAUUUAUCAACAAAACAAAGACAAAUAUCAAAAUAUUCAGGUUACACAGAUCAACCCACAAAAUGCUGGAGGAACUCAGUAGUUAGGCAGCAUCUAUGGAAAUGAAUAAACACUUAAAGUUUUGGACUGACAGUUUUUCAGGACUUUGCUCAGAUCCUCUUCCUGCAGCAUAGUUCAUGUGAUCCACAUUUCAUCGGAGAUCCAGAGAGCAAGGGCUCCCCACAUGCAACAUUUAUAUGCCAGUGAUACUUUACUGAAAGCCGGUACUGUGGUGCCAGAAGAGCCAAUAGAAGGGCUGCAGUGUUCUUUAAAUGUUAACUAACGUGACGGCAGUGGCUUUUGAUCAGUAGAUAGGAUAGUGUUAUGUUAACCCUUCACACUACACCUGGUCCAUGGAGUGGAAUGAAGGAGAGGUAUUAGGUACAAAAGCUAAUGUAGAUGUUGUCAACCAUAUUCUGCUUAUUCUGGACCUUGUUCACAAUUUUGACAGAUCAUUCCUUGUAUAUUAUUAUUCAAGGGGGGGAGAGAGAGAAAAUGAUCUAAACAUGGAAGGGAAGUGCUUUUAUCUUUGAAUUGCAUAUUUGAUGUUAAACGUCUCUUUUCAAGCCUGCAUAUUUUCUGAGUGAUAGACCAAGAGACGCUAAAGCCUGCAGUCCCUCCAAUGUAUCAUUCUCUUCAAGGUGAUCUUUGUCAUGCAGUCUGGAGCAAUUUUUUUAUGGCUUGAAUGAACAUAUGUGAGCGCAUUCUUUUCUAAAAGAACCCAUUUUUGUUGACAAAGUUGUUUAGGAGAGUGACCAACAUCCUCAUCAAGUACAAUUAAACUUCCAUCCCGGGCGUCUUUUCUAAGAUUGUAAGGAAUUGGUAAGACUGUCGUCUAGUAGUCAGAGAAGUCUUAGGAUGGUCAGCAUCAGCUCUGUUGUAAAUCUGCAGGUGUGGUUUGUGAAGACUGAUGUCUGUCCAGUUUCACAAAUCAAACUUUCUCCUGCUCCUUUUUUUUAAAAUAAAAGCCAAAGUUUUGGGCAUAGAAACUUUUAUUUGUCCAUGAUUUCAAGUGUUCUCAUAUUAUCAACUCAAGCACUUGAUGUCCUGGUAAUGCAAAGUGCAGAACAACCACUUGUGCUUUUGUCUGUUUUCAGUGUGUCAUCAGAUAUCCCUAAUUUGGCUCAGAGAGUGGAGACCUUCCGUAUUAGAAUCCCUUUUUAAGCACUCCAUAAGUUUGAUUCUGAGCAUCUUCUUAAUAGGAGUUGAGAUCUGGUUGCUCAGUUAGUUUCUCCUGUGUGUUUUGAGAAUGUUGGACCAGAUGUAACUUGUACUUCGGGAACAGUCUGUUGAACUCUGUAGUUCUGAUGCUUGAAUCCCAUAUUUGAGAAUCCCUCAUUACUUGAAUUGCCAUUGUCUCUUAAAAAUAUUUACAGGUUUUGGUAUUUCUCUCUGAAGUGUCACCUUGAUUGUUUGAUAUUUCUUCAGAUAGGAGUAUUUGACUCUGCUGAUUGUUCCUAUCUAUGUUGCAGUCAGGAUUAGCUUAUUAGAAUCUUUGAAUUUUUCAUGGGACUUCUGAGUUUUUCUAUUUUUUAAAAUUCUCUGUACUUUUACUUCAACCACAAAAUGGAAAGGAUGCCUCAGUAGUGGCAGAGUGGGAAUUUUGCAGACUUUUGAGUUUGCAGUGGGAUUUGAAUCUCAAAUUUUGGUAAGUUUUCCUAUACAGUUUAUUUGUACACAAAUUUAUCUGUGGGGAAAAGUGCAACAUUUUGCUGUUUUCCUUGACCUCCUGUGAAGGUAUUUGGUGAUGUUUCUCUCAACAUUGGAUAGUAAUGAGUCAUUCUCAUUAUCUCGAUCUUAUGAAUAUUUUUUGGCUUUGCAUAGCACAAACUUGUUGAUUUUUUUUUUCCCCUCUAGCCCACUUUGUAACUCCAGCCCCUAUCCAGGAACUGCAUUGAUGAAUAGGCUUCUUUCUGUUUACAGUUUAGUUCUCUUCGGCAGUCAGAAGCCUGGUUAAUGCAAUUGUGUGGAAACCAACAUUUGUUCAAGAUUUUCAUUCUACUUUUUAAGAAACUGACGACAAUGACAUCAAUCAAAUCAAAUUGUGAUUCAUUAGCAAAGGCAAAUGAAAAUAAGGCAGAGUGAAGCAGAGUGGCCAUUGUGUGAGCGGACCUGUGUUGGAGUGCAGAGCCUUGGACUCAUCAGGCUUGGGCGAGGUAAGUUUCUUCUUCAUUCUUCCUCUCUUAGUACAUAGUUAGGUCAGCCAGGAUGGCUCCAGGGGCUGUGUUGUGUUCUUUGUGUGAGAUGUGGGAAUUCUGGGGGACCUCCAGACUCCCAGAGAGCCACAUCUGCACCGGGGCACCGAGCUGCAGCUCCUCAGAGAACGUGUUAAGAAACUGGAACUGCAGCUCAAUGACUUUCGGGAAACUGAGGAGGUGAUAGAUAAGAGCUUACAGGAAGGUGGUUACGUCUUAGUUGCAGGAGGCAGGUACAUGGGUGACUGUCAGGAGAGGGAAAGGAAAUGGUCUGUCAGUGUAGAGAAUCCCUGCGGCCAUUCCCUUCAAUAUAAAUUACUUUGGAUACUGUUGUGGGGAUGAUUUAACGGGAGAAGCCACAGUGAUUGGGUCUGUGGCAUUACGUCUGGCGCUGUGGUUCAGAAGGAAAGUGGGGAGAAGAGGACUGCUGGAGUAAGUGAAUUUUGGGAGCUAGGUAAAAAGCUGAAAAGCAGCUUUUCCAGGAUAGUAAUCUCUGGAUUAAUGCCUGUGCCACACGCAGUCAGUAAAAAUAGUUUGAUUUAGCAGACGAAUAUGUGGCUAAGGAACUGGUCCAAGGGGCAGGGUUUCAGAUUUCUGAUCAUUGGGAUCUCUUCUGGAGAAGGUAUGACCUGUACAAAAGGAUCGGUUACACCUGAACCCG